GAGGAGCGCUGGGAAGCCGGAGACGAUGCGCCCCGAGCCCCGCGGCUGCCCGGAGGCGCCCGCGGCCUGAGCCCCGACGGGCCGUGGGGGUCUCACUCCUGGCGGGCCGAGCGCCCCGCGCUCCCCCCCACCCCCAACCCCCCGCUCGCCGCCCCGGGCUCUCCGGCCCGGGCUAGCGCUUCGGCUGCCAACGAGUUAAAUGCCCUUGAGCGCGGGUUUCCGCGGCCCUGGCCGCGCGAGUUGAGAGCCGUUUGCCCGCACCGGUCGCCGGGGACACGUCCAUGUGUAGCCACAUAAGUUCUCUGUGUGCCGCGGCGCCCGGGUAUCCUCCUCCCGCUUCAUGAGGACUCGACUCGGGAGCGGCUGUGAAUCACGGCGGGGCUGGGAAAGGAGGAAGGCGAUUUAACCCCCUCCCACCCCGCUCCAUGUCCGUGUGUCACUCGGCUCGGUCCACCUGGCGUGGCCGGUCCUGGCGCUGCUGCUGCCGCUGCUGCUGACUUCAGAGACCCGGGAGUUGCUCCGCUCCGGCCACAGCUCUGCCGGCGAUUGUUCCUCUGCGCCCGGCCAGGCCGGCACUUCGGCUCGGAAAGAACUUACUGUUUUAUUUUAAAAAAUUAUUUUUGGAGAGCACAUCUCGAACUAAUUAAGAUCUUGAAGAUUGAUUUCUGUUAGCUCGAAGACUUUUUUUUUUUAAUUUGUUGUCUUAAAAAAUUUUCUUCUUCUUUGCGUAAACAUCUGGGUAUAUGUCAAACGCCAAGAUGUCCAGUAAUGUCCCGGCGGAUAUGAUAAACUUGCGCCUCAUCUUGGUAAGCGGGAAAACGAAAGAGUUCCUAUUUUCUCCUAAUGAUUCUGCUUCUGACAUCGCAAAGCACGUGUAUGACAACUGGCCGAUGGACUGGGAAGAAGAGCAGGUUAGCAGUCCAAAUAUUCUACGCCUUAUUUAUCAAGGACGAUUUCUGCACGGAAAUGUCACAUUAGGAGCAUUAAAGCUUCCUUUUGGCAAAACAACAGUGAUGCAUUUGGUGGCCAGAGAGACCUUGCCAGAGCCAAAUUCCCAAGGUCAGAGGAAUCGUGAAAAGACUGGAGAGAGUAACUGUUGUGUCAUCCUGUAACUGGUCUGCCUGGCGUGGUGUGGCGUGGUCUUUGUGUUUCAUGCUGCCAGGCCAGGGGAGACCCGGCAUUGCUUCAGAACCUUCAGGAAGAGUCUGCCUGUAGACCCAUGGACCUCAACUACCACGUGAACACUGUCAUCUUCUCUCAUGAAAGUAAAAAGAACCAAGAACAUUUUUCACUAUGACUUUUUAUUUCUAGUAGUUUGUUUAUGUUAAGCAGUUUUAAAAUAUAAAUAUAAAUUGAUUUUUGAAUGCAAGUCAAUCUCCAGGGGAAAAGUUAACAAGUGAUUUUUCAUAGCAGAAACCAUUUUGCUGCCACAAAAGUUUUCAUCACCAGAACUAACAAAUCAAGUGUUCAAAAUACAAUUUUGCACUAAAAACGAUUGACAAUUAUUUUCUUCAUCAGCAGAAUUUAUAACAUGGUUUAUGGUACCUAGAAAUACUCAUAUGUGCAAAUCCACACUGGAAGACACUCAGCAAUUAAGGAAGUUAAUUGCUGGGCCAACUUGAGAGGAAAAAAUAGAAAAGAAACUAAAAUGUUGGGUGAAUUCUACCGAAGUCAGCCAUGGCGGCUGCCCUGGCCCAGAAUCCUGCCCUGAGCGCUGCUGUUCUCACUGCAACAAGUGAAAAGACACAGUGUGCCUGUUGUUGGAAGUGCUCGGCAGAGGGCUCGUGAAAUUAGUUUUUCCUUCACACGUGCGCUUCAGUCAGACUGACUGGGGGUUGUUCACACAGCACAAGAGGGAGAGCGCGCGUCCUAGCCUUAACGCGGGGGGGAGUUCCAGUCACUCGUAGAUUUCCUUGAUUGCACAGAAAUAUUAGAAAACCUCAUUGAUUCACCACUUUUAUGUAUUUGAAUAUCAGCAAAUUGAAUUUUCCAUAAUUACUGCUCAUCUCUGUGUCCCGUGUCAUACUUACUCAUUAAUGAGAGCUCAGAUGAAUUCUUAAAACUAAAAAUUCUCCAUAGGACUAAUUUUGUUUCUUUAUGUAGUUUGCCUUGGGUAUUAGUGCUUGCAAUUGUAUUAAAAUCAAAAGCUGAUUUUCAAGGCAUACUUGAUUGGGGAUGCCAUUCUUUUGUUUUGUACUGAUAAUUUAAAAAUUGAUAUGCUAAAAACAAUUUGCACAGCACUAAAGCAUGAGCUAGUUUCAUCUAAACCUGUAAAAAAAAAAAUAUAAAAGAUUUUAUAUUUUUUCACUGGGAAGAAAUUCUUCCUGGGUGAAAUUGCGAAUAUGUGUAGAAUAUAUUUAAUAAAAACCUCAUAAAAUACCUAACUAUAGAACUUAAAUAUAGAUUGGCGUGUAGUAUAUAGAACAAUAUUCCAUAUAAAUAACUCUAGCCUUUAUAAAAAUGAAGUUGCAGGCUGACAUAAUGUUCUGUACUGAAACGAGUGUCCUCGGCCCUUACAAGCAGUAAGUAUAAAUGGUUUCAGUCAGCUUUGUUUAAAGGUAAUCAGGUUAUUUUAUUCAUUGUUAAUGCUUUGAUGAAAAGGCUUUAUAUGCAGUAGAUCUACAAAAAUAUUGUUCAUACUGAUCAGAAUUAAAUUUGUAUAGAGCAGAGUUUUAAAAUGAAUGUAAAUAGCACUAAACAUUUUCUUUCUGCAACCUGUACUUAUAGAUUCUUUCUGUACACUAAAUAAAAAAAUAUCAUAGUGCAUUUUGGUGGUAAUCUUAAAGGUCUUUGAUUAGGUUGAUAGUUGUUUAAGUACUGUCUCAUCCAUGUUAUAAUUGUUCAAUUUUUAUUUCUGAAUCUUUAAGAAAAUUUGUUGAAUAUUCUAUUGUUAGUUUUGGGAGGAUUCCCAGUGUAUCUCUGAUAUUUAACCUGGUUAAUUUGUGCACAGUCAUGACAAUGGGUAGAAUUACGUAGUCUCUGUUAUCACUAAGAUGUUCUAUUCGAGAUGUUAAGUAUUUAUAUGCUUUGUUGACUGGCUCAAAUGUGAAUUCUGUUACUGUUGAGUAAAGAAGAAUCUGGUAGUUACUUAAUUGGGCAAUUAAGCCAUUUAUGGCUAUAUUCUUUCCUCAUAUAAACUACUGGUAAUUACUUUUAAUACCUAUUUUAAUUCUAAUUAUUCUUCUGUUUUUCCAAAGUUAAAGACUAUCAGUUAAAUUAUGAUUGAAAUUUUAUGAUGGCUAACCACAUUCCUUGUUGGUUUUCUAUGUAUUUUUCUGUGAGUUCCCACGUUAUAAAUUUCCCUUCACAAGACUGCAAUUUGGAGUUUGCAAAAUGGAUAAACUGGAUCAUUAGUAGAGAAAGAAAUGUGUCACUUAAUACCUAAUAUCAUUGUUGUGCAAAAUGAAAAAAGAAUAAAAAAUAGCAGUAAGAUUAUAUACUGAAAACACCAAAAAUUUAGAUGCCUUAAUAGUGUAUACAUGAAAAUGCUCAACUGUCCCUUUUUAAAAUAUUUCUUGGGACUGCUUGACGGUUAAAAUCGAUAGCACAUCCCAGUGAAGACCCCUCUGCCAGAAGCAGUAGCUCGCUCACCGAGAGGCGAGGGCUGCAAAGGUUCAGCCCUGUGCGCGCAGCCUGAGCUCCGGGCCUGUGACCCUCCCAGCACGCGGUGCGGAAGUCCUGUCUCUUACCUGAGUUGUCCUGGACUGAAGCGUUCUGGGAAAGGCAAAGCUUUUCUCCUUGGUUAAAGCCUCAGCAUGUCUCCUUCAUCUGACUUAUUUGCUUUCUCUUCAAGAUAAAUUGUAUCUUAUCAUGAAAAGUGUAGUAUCUGACAUCAUCACUCGCAUUAAAUGAGGUUUCCUCAUAACAAACAUUUAUCCUUAGUUUUAUGUCAUCUUGACCAAUGUUACAGUAAUUUCUGUUAGCUGAUUGUGGUAUAUGAUGGUUAAUGUGAAAAGAAAUUAAAACUUUCUCCAUCUGUCGUAGAGUAUUUCUCUUUUAAAUGACUUCUGUUCGUAAUUUUGGUGUAAAAUUUUGUGUCUCCACUAUUUUCCUCUUUUUUCCUUCAGUUUAUUUCAUUACAUUCUUCAGUAAAAUCA